AGAAUAAAGAGACCGAUUGAAGUGAUGGAAUCAACUAACCGGGCUAAUAAAAAAGGUGUCAAUAGAAAUUGGAAUGGAGUUGGGUAAUGGAAGAAACCCCUAGUUCGGAGAAAUAAGAGAUGGGGGCAGCGAGGCAAAUGGAGACGAGAGAAACAAUGUGGAAACUGAUGUUACUAGAAAUACAAGGACUCCGAGGAGUUAGAGCUAAGCCUGUAGUCGUUCCUUCAAGCUUUAAGUUGAAGCCUUGGUGUUCAGUGUUCACGUGUUCGCGAUGAAAAGCGGUUGUUUGGCUUUGUUACAUUCGAAUGCCAGUGGCUGCCACCAUAGAGAGCCUCCUCACUCUUCAUCUACCAUUCAGUUAUGUCUUAUUUCCUUCCGCACCUUCCCUCCGGCUGGCAUGUCGAUGAGGCCAUCAAAUCUGAGGAAGAUCGUGUCGUGGUGAUUCGAUUUGGACAUGACUGGGAUAGCCAAUGCAUGACCAUGGACGAAACGCUUUACUCGGUCGCAGAGAAAGUGCAGAACUUUGCGGUGAUAUACCUCGUCGAUAUUACGGAUGUUCCAGACUUCAACAAGAUGUACGAACUGUAUGAUCCAUGCACUGUAAUGUUCUUUUACCGAAACAAGCACAUUAUGAUUGAUCUGGGCACUGGUAAUAACAACAAAAUAAAUUGGGCUAUGGAUAAUAAGCAAGAGUUAAUUGAUAUAAUUGAGACCGUGUAUCGGGGUGCAUCAAAAGGUCGUGGUCUCGUCGUGUCUCCUAAGGACUACUCCACUCGCUAUAGGUAUUAGGCGCUCAUAUGCGCGCCCCGGAAUGAUGCCCGGGUUUGAGUACCGCUACAUCUUUGAGGGCAUAGUCCCGCUGAGUUU